UUUUUUGUCUGCAGGGAGAGAAGAGUGAGACGGUGUGUGACUGUUUGUAAGUGUGCCUUAUUCCAAAAUAUCACCAGUCACCAUGCCUACGGUGGUGGUGAUGGAUGUCUCUCUUUCAAUGACACGACCUGUUCCAGUGGAGGGGACAGAAGACUUCCAACGCAAGCACUUAGCUUCUCAUGGCCUCACAAUGCUAUUUGAACAUAUGGCAACUAACUACAAGUUGGAAUUCACUGCUUUAGUUGUAUUUUCAUCUCUCUGGGAACUGAUGGUUCCUUUUACCAGAGAUUAUAACACACUUCAGGAAGCCCUAAGCAACAUAGAUGACUACGACAAGACAUGUCUGGAAUCUGCUCUGCAAGGGGUGUCCAGCGUUGUCCAACAGGAAUGGGGGGCUUUAACUCCUUGCCAGAUAGUGCUGGUUACUGAUGGAUGUCUGGGCAUUGGGAGGGGAUCCCUGCAUCAUUCCCUUGCAACUAUUAAUCAGCGUAGUGAAAGUAACAGGUUCCCACUGCCCUUUCCAUUCCCCUCCAAGCUUUAUGUAAUGUGCAUGGCUAAUCUGGAAGAGCUGCAGAGCUCAGAUUCAUUAGACUGUUUGGAACGUCUUAUAGAUCUGAAUAAUGGGGAAGGACAGAUCUUUACUAUUGAUGGGCCUCUGUGUCUGAAGAAUGUCCAGUCAAUGUUUGGGAAACUGAUCGAUGUGGCAUAUACCCCAUUCCAUGCUGUGCUGAAGUGUGGAAACCUUUCUUCAGAUGUUCAGGUCUUCCCUAGGCCAGAGCCAUUUGUCACAGAUGAAGAAAUAGAACCUAUUCCUAAAGUCAUUAACACAGAUUUGGAAGUUGUGGGAUUUAUUGAUAUUGCAGAUAUUGCUAGUCCUCCUGUCUUGUCUCGUCACCUGGUCCUACCCAUUGCUUUAAACAAAGAAGGGGAUGAUGUUGGGACUGGUUUGACAGAUGACAUUGAAGACGAGAAUUCGGCCAAUCAGAUUGCAGGCAAAAGCCCAAAUUUCUGCGUCCUGCUCCAUGGGAGCUUGAAAGUGGAAGGGAUGGUGGCAUUAGUUCAGUUGGGCCCAGAAUGGCAUGGAAUGCUUUACUCCCAAGCAGACAGCAAGAAAAAAUCUAACUUAAUGAUGUCUCUGUUUGAUCCUGGGGUUGAGCCUUUGCCCUGGUUAGGAAAAACCCUUCAACUGGGACCUAUAUCAGAUGCCAAAGAGAAUCCAUACGGAGAGGAAGAUAAUAAAAGCCCAUUUCCCUUGCAACCCAAGACGAAAAGAAGCUAUGCUCAGAAUGUGACUGUUUGGAUAAAGCCUAGUGGGCUGCAGACCGAUGUACAGAAGAUUCUAAGGAAUGCCAGGAAACUCCCAGAGAAAACUCAGACAUUCUACAAAGAGUUGAACCGCCUACGAAAAGCUGCCUUGUCCUUUGGGUUUCUGGACCUGUUGAAGGGAGUGUCAGAAAUGCUGGAGAGAGAGUGUACUCUUUUACCAGACAAUGCACACCCGGAUGCUGCCUUCCAACUCUCACAUGCUGCUGCACAACUUAAACUCGCCAGCACUGGCAGCUCUGAACACUCCGUUUAUGGCCUUAAUAUCAUCCCAUUACAGACUGAUUUUUCUGGAAGAGGCUCUGACCGGCUCUGAAUUUUUCUUUCCUUUGUGCAUUCUGUAUGUGCAUUUGGAUCCUACCCCCAAAUGUUUGGGAUUAUACCACCACUAAGGAGAUCAAUUCUUUUUCAGGUUUGACAAUUAUUCACGCACUCAAUUCAAUGCUCCUACAGUGAACUGGCAAUCUUGUAGGUUCAAGCUCACCAAACCUGAAGGAAUAGCAGGCUUCAAAACUAUGGAAUCAUGUGGAUUUCCAGAACUAUGGGAUGAGAACAUUCCUUUCUCAGUGACCAUGCACUUGCAGUAUCGAGAAAAGACAUGAUAAAAUGUACAAAAUGUCCACCUGCAUCAUAUGGUAUUAGAUGCUGAACACAUUGUCACAAAACUGGGAUCACCUAUAGAAAAAAAUAAUAAUUUCACGCUCCAUCCUGAAGACUGUCUGAAAUGGGUUAACUAUUGUAUAGUCUUUUUGUCCCCCUCUCAAGAGACUGAAAAUCAUUUUGGAAUUUUAUAUGCCCACCCCAAGUGUUUUGUUCUAUUAAUAUAUCCUUGGUAGAAUUUUCUUAAAGUAUUCAAUGUUUAUGGUCAAACAGUGAUUUGUCAAGGACACCAUGUUUUAUUUUUAAAAUCUAAU